GUUGUCUAGGGUUUCCAGUUCGCUGUGGCGAUCUGAAGGUCUCUUCAAUGGCGGAACCCACGACUCCCACCUCAAACCCUAACCCUAGUCCUACGGAAAGCCCCAAGCUGUACCAGAUCGGAGGCGUGCCGGUGGAGUUCCCCUACAAGCCUUACGGGACGCAGUUGGUGUUCAUGGGAAGGGUCAUUGCGACGCUCGAUCGGGCCCGGCGGCAGGGCCACUGCCAUGCCCUCCUUGAGUCCCCCACCGGCACUGGCAAGUCCUUGUCCCUUCUCUGCUCUACCCUUGCUUGGCAGCAGCACCAGCUUCGCCGGCCAAUCCCAGGGCCCUCGGCCUCUAUCCCCCUUGAUCCCCUUGUCAAUGGCGGUGGCUUCAUCCCUGAACCGGAUCCGUCUGGGAAUUUAGAGCAAAAUCCUCCGGUUCCGAGCUCGAAGGCCCAGAAGAAAAAGAUGGUGCCCACCAUUUAUUAUGCCUCGAGGACACAUUCUCAGAUAGCACAGGUGGUACGAGAGUUGCGGAAAACAUCAUAUCGUGUGCCUAUGGCGGUCCUUGCAUCCAGGAAGCACUAUUGCACCAACAAAAAUGUAUGCAGUGGGGGCAAGGGCAAUGUGGAUGAAGAUUGUAAGUUGCUUCUGAAGGACAGUAAUGCAGGCUGCCUUCAAUUCAAAAAUGCCCAUAAAGUCAAAAGUCAUCCUUCACUCCAGAAAGGUGGAUGCAAUGAGGUUCAUGAUAUUGAAGAUCUAGUGAAAGUUGGCCGAGCUGUAAAAGGCUGUUCAUACUUUGCAGCACAGACAUUGGCAGAAGAAGCUCAACUAGUGUUUUGUCCAUAUAGCUAUGUCAUGAGUCCUAUUGUUCGAAGAGCAAUGAAUAUUGACAUUAAAGGAUCUAUUUUGAUUCUUGAUGAAGCACAUAAUAUAGAGGACAUGGCACGUGAUUCUGGCAGUGUUGAUGUUGAAGAAGAUGUUCUUCACUCACUGCAGACAGAAUUAGGCCAACUCUGCACGGGUGACACUGCUGCAGUGAUUUACCAGCCUUUAUAUGACAUGGUUCAGGGAAUCAUCAGUUGGAUAAAUGACAGGAAAAACAGCUUGCAAAAGCAUGAAUUUGAGCACUACUCUUCAUACUGGACUGGAGAUAAAGCCAUUGCUGAGCUUCAGCUGGCGGGAAUUACACUGCAGUGCUUUCCAGUGUUGCAAGAAUGUGCCACGAAGGCAAUCAAAGCUGCUUCAGAUGUAGAGUCGGAUGAAGUUCAUUUAAGUGGCAUUUCAGCAAUUACGUUAGAUGCUUUGUUCUCCUCUCUCAAUUACUUUUUUUCUGGAAAUGGCCGCCAUGCACUUGAUUAUCAACUUGCACUGCAGCGAUAUGUCAAAAGAGAUAGUGGCAAUGCUGCAAGUGGGUGGACAUGCUCAGUGAGUUUAUGGUGCCUAAAUCCUGCCGUUGUAUUCAAGGAGAUUGCUGAUUUUUCUCUUUCAGUAAUUCUUACAUCUGGAACACUCUCGCCAAUGGGUUCAUUUACCUCUGAACUAGGGGUGCAGUUUGAAUCAUGCUUGGAAGCACCACAUGUAAUUGAUAUUAAUUCACAGCUUUGGGCUGCAGUAAUUUCUUGUGGACCUGGGAAUUAUCAAUUAAAUGCCAGUUAUAAAACAGCAAGUGCCUAUGGCUUCCAGGAUGCACUUGGAGCAUCACUGGAGGAAAUAUGUGAGAUUGUGCCAGGUGGUGCGCUUGUUUUCUUUCCAAGCUACAAGUUAUUAGAGAAACUGCGCAUUCGUUGGUGUCAGACAGGUCAAUGGCAUCGGUUGAAUGCUAAAAAAUCUGUUUUUGUUGAGCCAAGAGGAAGUGCUGAUGACUUUGAUUCAGUUCUGAAAGGUUAUUAUGAUUCAAUCAAUGGAAAACGUAGAACUAGUGGGAGAUUCAAACACAAUCCAAAGAAAGGAAUUCAGCAUCCUUCUGCCAAUGAAACCGAGCAAAGUUUGGCAAACGGAGCUGCUUUUUUGGCUGUUUGCAGAGGAAAGGUAUCAGAAGGGAUUGACUUUUCUGAUGAUAGUGCUAGAGUGGUGGUAAUUGUUGGCAUUCCAUUUCCAAACAUAAAUGACGUUCAGGUGGUGCUGAAGAAAAGAUAUAAUGACACAUAUAAAUCAUCAAAAAAUCUCAUUAGUGGUAGUGAGUGGUACUGCCACCAAGCCUUCCGUGCUUUGAAUCAAGCCGCAGGCCGCUGCAUUCGUCACCGGCAUGACUAUGGAGCAAUCAUUUUGUUAGAUGAACGCUUCAAGGAGGAAAGAAAUCUCACAUACAUAUCCAAGUGGUUAAGGAAAUCUAUUAAACAAUAUGACAGCUUUGACAAAUCAUUGCAGGGACUGCAAGCUUUUUUUGAAAAUGCUGAGAAGCAGUUUGGCCACAAGCAGAGAGAAAUGUUACAGGACGAGUGCCUACUUUCAGGUGCCAGCAUUCAAAACUUCUCUACUUCAAGCACAAACUUAUCAAAUGAUUCUGCUGCCGUAAAAAAAGAACUGAAACAAACGAAGUCAAAUCAAAAGGGAAAGAGAUCGCUCCCUAGGAGUUUAUCAACACCUGCAAAACAAAACCAUUUGGCCAACAAAGGUCCAAAAUCUGCAUUUGAGUUUGUUGAUGAUCUCUCUAGACAGAAUGCUCAAUGCAACAUCAAAACCGAAACAGUAGCACUGGCAGCGAGCGAGAAGCCAUUUAAUAAAUUCAAGGAUUCUGCGGCCAUAGAGAACAGUUCGCUUAUGCACCCCAGGUUCCUUGAGACAUUUUGUACAACAUCCUGCAAAAAAGGUUCGGACCAAACCAUGGUUACUGAAGACAGCACAAUAGAAUAUCAUACCUCCUCUGCUGGAAACAGAAACACUUGUAAGAAUGAAAUCUUACACUCGACUGUUGUUGAAACUCGCAGCCAAUUAACAGAUGGGUCAUCCUUCCCUUUAUUUUCUAACACCAUUUUCAGUGAAAACCUACCUGAAAAUGCAAGCAUUCAAGAAACUACUCCUGAGAGGCAAACUUGUGCGGAAGUCUGUGGUACCCGAGCUGAAUCAAAUAGUGUGAACUCACACAGUCAGAAAAGAAGGAAACUACUUGAUUCACAGUUGAGUAGUUGCACUAAAAUGGUACAGUUGAGCUCCCUUGAUGCGGAAUCUUGCUGCCAGGCUGGUAAUAUCAGGAGUUUAUCCAGGUUUACCAAUGAGGUAACCGGAUCACCUCAUGCAGACAACCCAUCCAAAUUGAUCUUUCAGAAAUCCAAACAAUCAAUAUUCUCAGAGAUACAUCCUAGCACUCUGUGCCUUUUGUCAGAUCAAAAUACUGAGGAGAUGCUGAAUAUUUGUUGUUCGAUCUGCAAAAACUCACUGGGCAUAGCUGAUAAUAAUUAUCUUGUUCCAUGUUCGCUGGCCAUGUCAUCCAAAUCUUUUGUAGCAUAUAUCCUAGAAAAUGGACCGACAAGCAUCUGCUUUUCGCAAGGGCUUCUCCAGAAUCAUGGGAGAACUAUACAUGUUGUCAUUACUGAUGUUUCAUCUGUAAACCAGUGUCUAUUUAAAAGGUGCGUUCAAGGUGCCCUACAUGAUAUUUGGUCAGAAGAAGAUGGCUGUGUCUUCAGGAUCCUCUUUUGCCCUUUCUGUGUAGUUUCCACACCUACUUGCCUUGGGCUUCAAAUAAUGGCAGCAAAUUCAACCAACAUUCACUUGCUAAAUAAGGUCAUGUUCUAUGCUGAUUUUUUGGAUAUUCAAAUGGAAGAAUCAAAGAGAGAGGCUCUGUUGCCAGAUUCCACCACAAAAUUUUCCCCAGAUUCAGGUCCAGUGCAGAUUGAGAAAUAUGCUUAUAUUCCACAAAUGCACAGUUUUGGGCCAUUGCAGGCAACAAAAUCAAAGCUCAAACUGCCAAAAAGAGAGCAAGUUCAUUCAGAGAAUCUGGAAAUAGUGCAUGUAAGUGACUGAUUAUGUCUAAUCAUGAGUUGGUUUUGUUUUUGGGAGGGGGAUCUUCUCUAUGUCCUGCAUGCUACAACAAAAGCAUUGGGAAUGAAACUAAGAUUAUCUUCAGAAUUAGUUCCUCACUCUUGUUACAUAGCUGUAAUGGAUUUUGCAUAAUUUGGAGCAUUAGAAUUGUUAAUUGGUUAUUGUACAGUGCACAAAACUGAAAUUGAUAAUUAUAAAAUGUAAGCAGUU